AUGCCUGUACCCGCCAUGAAGGAAUCCGACGUGGAUGUGCUCGUUAUCGGUGCGGGACCUGCGGGCUUGAUGUGUGCGCAGGGGCUGGCCAGGGCAGGUGUAAAUGUCCGGAUUGUGGACAAGAGACCAGGCAAGGUCGCGGCGGGACAGGCUGAUGGCAUCCAACCACGCACAAUUGAAGUGCUACAGGUCGGUAUAUGCAGCUAUGGACUCGCCGAGCGACUAUUGAAGGAAGGCAACCAAAUGCACAUGGCAGCAUUCUAUGACCCCAGCCCCGAAGGAGGAAUCCACCGUACAGGACGAACACCGGACAUCAAUGCCCCUACGGCCCGAUUCCCGUUCGAGGUCACCCUCCAUCAGGGCGCGAUCGAGUCCAUAUUCUUAGACUGCCUCCGCUCGAUGGGGCACGAAGUCGAGCGUCCAGUGGUCCCGGAAUCGCUUGAGAUCUCAGAUAACCGAGACGCCUUGAAGGAUCCGCAAGCGCGCGCUGUAAAGGUUGUACUGAAGCACGUGGACGCACCCGAGGGGAAAGAUACCGAAGUCGUUCACGCGAAAUACGUUGUCGGCGCAGACGGCGCCCAUUCAUGGGUGAGGAAACAGCUCGGCUUUGCCAUGGAGGGCGAACAAACAGGUACGGCGCCGGCAUCUCUCUCUGAUGGGCCUGCAGAUUAUGUUUGGGGUGUGGUCGACAUGAUACCCGACACAGACUUCCCGGACAUCCGCAACCGGUGCGCGAUCCAUUCGAACAACGGCUCAUGCAUGGUUAUACCGCGCGAAGGGGAUGUUGUGAGGUUGUAUAUCCAGCUUACGGACGAGGACGUCCGAGACGUGACGACGGGUCGCGUUGACACGCAGAAGUGCAGCGCUGAAAAAUUGCUGGAGGUUGCAAAGAAGUCUUUCCAUCCCUAUCGCAUCAAGGCAAAGGGCGAUAUACUGUGGUGGACGAUAUACAUCAUUGGUCAGCGCGUGGCUUCAAAGUUCUCAGCGCACGAACGCGUAUUCAUCGCUGGUGAUGCCUGUCACACGCAUUCUCCCAAAGCCGGACAGGGGAUGAACGCCAGCAUGAACGAUACCCACAACCUGAUCUGGAAGUUGACGCAUGUGCUUCGAGGAUGGGCGGAUAUUUCGCUGCUAAAGACUUACGAGUUGGAGCGCCGAAAGUACGCUCAGGACCUGAUCGCGUUCGACAAAGAGUUCGCCUCACUGUUUUCCAAGAAGCCGAAGAGCGAAGAGAACCCCGACGGCGUCACACAAGAGGAAUUCGUAGAGGCCUUCCGUACGUUCGGUGGCUUUACGAGCGGCAUCGGGAUCCACUACGCUCCGUCCACGAUCGUCGACGCAGCCCACCAGGCCUCCGCCUCCAAGCUCAUCAUCGGCCAGCGUGUGCUCCCGCAGACCGUCAUCCGCGCAGCCGACGCGCGCCCGUACGAGCUGCAGGACCUCCUUCCCGCCGAUACCCGCUUCAAGCUCCUCGUCUUCACGGGCGACAUCGGCGCGCCGGAGCAGAAGCGGAAAGUCGACGAACUGGCGAAGCACCUGGAGCGGAAGGAGAGCUUCUUGGGCAGGUUUGGGGAGCAGAAGAAUGAUGUGUUCGAUGUGUUUGCUGUCUGUCUCUCGAGAAAAGAGGACGUGGUGUAUACUGACGUGCCCGAGGUAUUCCGGCCCCACUGGUCCAAGGUUCUCCUCGACGACGUCGAUACCACGGGCAAGGUCGGCGCGGGCGUGUACGAGAAGUUUGGUAUUGGCUCCGAGGGCGCUAUUGUCGUAGUCCGGCCGGACGGGUAUGUCGGGAUUGUUGCGCCUUUGGACGACGUUUCCGUUCUGGAGAGUUACUUUGCUGGGUUUUUCGCGAAGUCAUGA